AUGACCGGCUCAGUACAAUACGUUCUAGUCACAGGGGCGACGGGAUUCAUUGGCGCUCAUGUCGUUGAUGAGUUGCUUUGCCGCGGCAUCAAAGUCCGGGGUACUACUCGCUCCACGGCAAAGGCGGAAGCCAUGCUGAGGGACCGGCCACAGUAUGCCUCGCAGCUCGACUUUGUCAGGAUAGAUGACUUUGAAAAGGGUGAAGGUAUCUUUGAUGAUGCUAUACGGGGUAUAGAUGCCGUGGUUCACGUGGCAAGUCCAUUCACCUACGAUGUCAAGGAUAACGAGAAGGAACUCAUCAUCCCGGCGAUCAACGGAACUCGUGCCAUCCUGGAAGCAGCAGCGGCCAAGACGUCGACGGUCAAGCGCAUAGUCAUCACCUCGUCCUUCGCCGCCGUCAUGACCGACGGCCGCAAGGGCCCGCCGUACUUCACCUACACGGCCGCCGACUGGAACCCGCUGUCCUACGAGGAGGCCGCGGACCCGGCCACGAGCGCCGUCGUCGCCUACCGCGGGGCCAAGAAGUUCGCCGAGAAGGCGGCCUGGGACUUUGUGCGCGACCGGCGCCCGCCCUUCGACGUCGUGGCGCUCUGCCCGCCCAUGACGUUCGGCCCCGUGGCGCACCCCGUGGCCGACGUCGCGGGCCUCAACGAGUCCAACGCGGCGCUGUGGAGGGCGGCCGCGGGGCCGCUGCCGGCGCCGGUGGCGCGCGUGCCGUUCUGGGUCGACGUGCGGGACCUGGCCGUCGCGCACGCCGAGGCGCUGCUGCGGCCCGGGGCCGGCGGGAAGAGGUUCCUGCCCGCGUCGCCGGAGCGGUUCUCGUACGCGCUCGCCGCGCGGAUCGUCGACGAGGAGUUCGACUGGGCCCGGGGCAGGGUGGCGGCGGCGGACGAGGAGCAGGAGAUCGACGACUCGCACGGGGUCGACGGGGAGACGGCCGCGCGGGAGCUGGGGCUGAGCUACAGGUCUUUCCGGGAGACGGUGACGGACCUGGUGUUUCAGGCCAAGAUUAUCGAGGCUGGCGCUCAGCUUCUGAGUGGCAGCGUCAGGCAUGCGCUGCAGCUCAGACUGCUCUCGCCAGACGAGGAGAGCUUGGUGCUCGCCAAAGCGAAUCGCAUCGAGAUAUGGCGACUUUCGGACGGCGCCCUGACGAUGGUGCACUCGAGGGUCAUCCAUGGGACCAUCUCGAUGCUCCAACGGCUACGACCUAAAGACAACCCUACCGAUCUCCUCUUUGUCGGCACCGACCGGUUCCAGUACUUCUCCCUGGGAUGGGACGCGGAGAGGAAACAGUUCACAACGAUAGACAGCUUCUUGGAUGUCGGAGAGAAGCACCUGCGCGAUUCUCAGAGCCAGGACAAAUGUAUGGUGGACCCGUCGGGCAGAUACAUGGCGAUGCUGCUGUGGGAAGGCGUGUUGAAUGUGCUACGGUUACGGUCACGCAAGGGCCUUCACUUGAAGCUCGAUUGGAUGGAUCAGGUACGGCUGUCGGAGCUGUUCAUCAAAGCCAGCACCUUUCUCUACUCGGAGACUGGCCAUCCCAAGAUCGCGUUCCUCUACCAGAGCAGGGCAGAUGCCGCCGACUCCAAGCUCGCCACAUACCGCCUCACAUCCGACGACAAGGACUCCUCCGCCUCGAAAUUCGACCCAACGAAGGACAGAGAGAUAUCUAUGGACAUCGAAGACCCUGGUGCGGCAAUGCUGAUCCCAGUCGAGAAGGUCGAGGAAGAGAAGCGGCACAACGUGCGCAACCCUGCUGGAGCAAGGCCUCACCUCGGCGGUCUUAUUGUUGUCGGAGAGACACGACUUCUUUACAUCGACGAUUUUACAAAGCUCAAGGUGGAAGCAGCUUUGAAAUCGGCCGCCAUAUUCGUCGCUUGGGCCAAAUACGACGCGACACACUACUUGCUUGCCGAUGACUAUGGCAAUCUACACCUGCUCACCAUCCUGACUGAAGGCGUAGCAGUUACAGGCCUUGAUGUCAGUAUGAUAGGGAAGACAUCUAGAGCCAGCUGCUUGGAAUACCUCGGUGAUAACAUUCUGUUUGUUGGUUCUCAUUACGGAGACUCGCAGCUGCACAAACUCAACCUGGCUGCUCCUGAUGGUUCCGAUUUCCUGGAACUCAUGCAAGUCUUGCCCAAUAUCGCGCCAAUCCUCGACUUCGAAAUCAUGGACAUGGGCAACCGGGAAGAGGACAGCCAGUUGGCGAAUGAGUAUUCCUCAGGACAAGCCAGGAUAGUCGCAGGCAGUGGCGUGCACAAGGAUGGCUCACUCCGAAGUGUCCGCAGUGGCGUUGGCCUCGAGGACAUUGGCAUCCUCGCAGACAUGGAUGACGUCCGCGGCCUGUUUUCGAUACAAUCGCAUGGGUCGCCAAAGACUGAUACGUUACUCGCGUCGUUCCUAACCGAGACCCGAAUCUUCACAUUCGACAGUGCGGGAGGCAUUGAGGAGGUUCAGUCCUUCCAGGGUCUCUCGCUAGACUCAUGCACAUUGCUCGCACGGAAUUUGCCCAAUGACCGCCUUCUUCAGGUCACGCCAGAGAGUGUUGUCCUCAUCGAUGGCGACAGCGGCGUCGCGAUAGCAUCGUGGAAGCCACCAGAAGGCAAGAAGAUCACGAAUGUCUCUGCGAACACGAGAUGGGUACUCGUUUCUAUCGAAGGCACCCACCUUGUCUCGUUGAACCUGGAGGCGGAUUUGCGGUUAUCGGGGCAACAAGAAGUCAGCACAAGCGAGCAGGUUGCAUGCCUUCACGUGGCUCCCCAUCUGUUGGACGUUGGUGUCGUUGGCUUCUGGACAUCUGGUUCAAUAUCGAUCAUUGACCUUGCUACGCUACAACCCCAUCAAGGAGAAUCCUUGCGGAAGAAAGAAGACCACACCUCUAUCCCGCGCGACAUUGUCCUGGCACAGGUUUUACCACCCCAUAUUGGUGGCCCGACCCUCUUCGUGGCGAUGGACGACGGAAAUGUUGUCACGUUCAAUGUAGCAAAGGAAAGCCUUGCACUGUCGGGCAGGAAGAGCGUUAUUCUGGGAACCAGAGAGGCGCGCUUCCACAUCCUCCCACAGGCCAACGGCGUAUACAACAUCUUUGCUACAACUGAACACCCCAGUCUUAUCUAUGGUUCGGAGGGAAGGAUAGUCUACUCCGCUGUGACCGCGGAAGACGCUACUUAUGUCUGCCAGUUCGACAGUGAAGCGUUCCCUGACGCUAUCGCGGUAUCGACAGACUCGCAACUGAAGCUUGCUCAGAUUGACACGGAGCGCCGGACACACGUGCGAUCUCUCGACAUGGGCGAGACCAUGAGGAGGAUAGCCUAUUCGCCAAACGAGAAGCUCUUUGGUCUGGGUUGCAUCAAGCGAGAACUAGUCGGUGGGGAAGAGAUCGUCACGAGCUCCUUCAGGCUCGUUGACGAGGUGGUCUUUGACAAAUUGGGCAAGCCUUUUGAGUUGGAGACCGUCGGCGCGACGGAAAUUAUCGAGACCGUCGUUCGUGCGGAGCUACCUGACUGUAACGGGCACGCGGCCGAGAGGUUCAUCGUCGGCACCAGCUUCUUGGCAGAUAACGACGUGGGAGCUGCUGGCGGCGAGGAAACCCAUGGACGUAUCCUGGUCCUAGGAGUGGACAGCGAGAGGAAUCCGUACCUUAUCAUGAGCCAUCGCCUGAAAGGUGCCUGCCGCUGCCUGGGUGUGAUGGGCGACAAGAUUGUCGCUUUGCUCACAAAGUCGGUCGUGUUGAGCAAGUACGAAGAGUCGUCCUCGACCUCGGCUAAGCUCACAAAGAUCGCGUCAUAUCGGCCGUCGACUUAUCCGGUGGAUCUUUUCAUCGACGGCAACAUCAUUGCAGUUGCCGAUCUGAUGAAGUCGGUUUCGCUAGUCAAGUACGUCACAGGGGAGGAGGGACAGUCAGACCAAACCGAUACGAACAUGUCUGGCGUCUCAUGCACCACCAAACCGCAGCUGGUCGAGAUAGCGAGGCACACGCAGUCGGCUUGGACGACGGCGGUAGCUCAUUUGGAGGGCCAGUCGUGGCUGGAAGCGGACGCUCAAGGGAACUUGCUGGUGCUCGCCCAAAACGUCAAGGGUGUCACUGCGGAGGACAGGUAUCAGUUAGAGGUCACGAGCGAGAUGAACCUGGGGGAGAUGGUCAACAGAAUCCGCAAGAUCGAGGUGGAGACCAGCCCGAAUGCCAUGAUCAUUCCCAGGGCAUUCCUAGGCACGGUCGAAGGAUCGAUCUACAUGUUUGGCACCAUCGCACCGCAGGCACAAAACCUUCUCAUCAGCUUCCAGGCCAGGCUAGAGAGCAUGAUCCAGACCCCUGGCAACAUUGACUUCAAAUCAUAUCGGGCAUUCCGCAACGCGGAACGGGAGGGCGAGGCCCCCUUCCGCUUUCUGGACGGCGAGCUGCUGGAGAGGUUCCUGGACGUGGACGAGGAUCUGCAGAAGGAGAUCUGUCAGGGUCUCGGUCCCAGCGUGGAGGACAUGCGAAACAUGGUGGAGGAAUUGAAGCGCAUGCACUGA